AUGAUCCCGACUGGUUCACCGCAAGCUCCAGGAGACGCUCCACCCAGGGAAAGAAGAUCCGAGGGCUCUACCGUAUGGAUUUUCAUAAUAAUAACAAUAACUUAGCUUGUUAUAUCAUUGAUGAUGCAUAUAGUGAGAAGAAUAAGAAGAAUUUUUUGGACAAAUUGAACCCGGAAUGCCAAUUUUCAAUGGGCCACAUAAGUUUACGGCUUAUUGAAUACCGGUAGCAUUAAAUUCAUAGGAGGCUCAAAUUAACAGUUUUUUUGAAGAUUAAUCGACAGAGAAAUAUUACAAAAACCAAUAAAACUAUUACUUUUGUUUUUAGAUUCAUGGCGUAGAUACAGUUCGCCCUGAUACUACCCCUGCGCACCCCGGCCCACGUUUCCAACUGCCUCCAAUGGGGGCUGCCUUCCACUACAGUGCUGUGACGCGAGUGAGUUAACCAGUGAAGAAAUUCAUCACUCUGUUGUAUUCAAAAACAAAAAAACGGAAACAUUUAGAACAAACAACAAUUUUAUUUUUAUUCAGAUGACAUCUACAUCGUCACCUGAUCCUGUAGUUCUCCACACUGCUCACUUUUCUCUUCCUCCAAGAGAUAUCACCAAUGUCCCUUGCAGUACGAACACAGUGGUGAGCCUUUCGAUCAAAGAUAAGCUGAAAAUUAGUGAAAAAAAAUUAGUUUCCCUUUGAUUCGAAGGGAAGACUGUUAAGGAGAGAAAAAACGACAGCAGCGAAUAUUUUUUAUUUGAAGAAGGAUCUUCAUGGAUAAUUCAGAAAGGAAAUAAGUGCUAUGUAAGUGUGGCGAAAAUCAAUUUGAGAAAUAAAUAAACCUUGUAAUCGAGCAAAAAAAACGGAACGAUCCAAAGUGAGUCGUUCGAUGGGAAGCGGGUCGAAAAUCAGGAAAGAAAAUUCUGUGUUUUCAAGAAAGAACGUUGAACGUCUGCGUUGAGGAUGAUGUUCUUAAAAUCUAGAAUAAAAAACGGUGUUCAGUUUUUAUGCUCACAAACAGAAAACGAUAAAAUGUACGCAGUGAACGCGGUUCUCAUGGCAGUAUUCAGGCUUCACUUCAACUGCCGAUGGCCGACCGCGAACUGGUGGCUGCACCCGUGUUUCGGCUCCCGCCAAUGCAAGAUUUUCGACCUCGCGGAUACAUAUCCGAAGUGAGUUGUUGUGUGCGGGAAGAUCGAAAAUCAGGAAAGAAAAUUUUGUGUUUUCGAAAAAAGAUCGUUGGAACGAAAAUCAAUAGUUUCACACCUGAGACAAAGAAUAAAAACCGAAAAAUGGGCUAUCAUUCGUAGAGAAGUAUUCUAUGUGAACAACUCCAUCUGCGUUGAGGAUGAUCUUCUUGAAAUCUAGAAUAAAAAACGGUGUUCAGUUUUUAUGCUCACAAACAGAAAACGAUAAAAUGUACGCAGUGAGCGCGGUUCUCAUGGCAGUAUUCAGGCUUCACUUCAACUUCCGACGGCCGACCCCGAAGUGGUGGCUGCACCCGUGUUUCGACUUCCGCCAAUGCAAGAUGAUCGACGUGGCGGUUCCUCAUUUACCGUGAGUAAUUUGAUGGGAAACAGGUUGAAAACCAGGAGAGAAAGUUCUGUAUUUUCGAAGAAGAUCGUUGGAACGAAAAAUCAAUAGUUUCACAGCUGGGACAAAGAAUAAAAACCGAAAAAUGGGCUAUCAUUCGUAGAGAAGUAUUCUAUGGGAAUAACUCCAUCUGCGAUAAAGAUGAACCUCUUGAAUUCAAAAAAAGAAAUAACGAAUUUCAAUUUUUAUUCUCACAGUUAGAGAACGAUAAAAUGUACAUAUUGAACGCGGUUCUCAUGGCAGUAUUCAGGCUUCACAAGUAAGGCCGAUGGCCGCGCCCGAACUGGUGGCUGCACCCGUGUUUCGGCUCCCGCCAAUGCAAGAUUUUCGACCUCGCGGAUACAUAUCCGAAGUGAGUUGUUGUGUGCGAGGAAGAUCGAAAACCAGGAGGGAAAGUUCUGUGUUUUCGAAGAAGAUCGUUGGAACGAAAAAUCAAUAGUUUCACACCUGCGACAAAGGAUAAAACAAAAAUAUUUGCUCUAACUCUGACCUGGAGCGCCUGAGGCACGAUGUUUCUCUGCCGCAUGGUAUUUCGUCGUUUUUUCGCAGUCAGAGAGUGAAGUAAUAACAUGCGGCGGAGUAAAACUCGGGCGCGCCUUUAGUCGCUUCAGUUCAGAGAAUGCUUUGUUGGUUGGAAAAAAAAAUCGCGAAAGUCAUGAGAACAGAGCAGGGGAACAAUCAGCAUGUCAUAACAGAUUCAUCUAAAAUACAAGAUUUUUCAGGCCGAAAGGGAAAUGGCGACUCUUUCGGACGAGUCGACGGACGAGCGCGAGCAGGUGGAUCCCCUCAUGUUCUGGUACACAUCAUCUGAAGAUGAGAACGUUGACGGCACACGAUCUGAAGUGAGUCGUUCGUUGUGAAAGAGGCCGAAAAUCAGAAAAGAAGAUUCUGUGUUUUCGAAGAAGAUCGUUGGAACGAAAAGUCAAUAGUUUCACUUCUAGGAUGAAAGAUAACCAAAAAAGAAGGCUAAAAGUCUUUUUUAAUUAAUAAAACUUGGCAAAAAUCACGUAUGUCGGCGAAAAUAAUCUCAUAGGAGGAGUAUAUAAGGAUAUCUUCAACAAAUAUUUUGUAGAGAAGUAUUCUAUGGAAAUAACUCCAUCUGCAAUAAAGAUUUUCUUGUUGAAAUCAAAAAAUUAUUAAGAGAAUGCAGUUUUUAUUUUCAAAAACAGAAAACGAUAGUAAACGCGGUUCUCAUGGCAGUAUUCAGGCACACGAUCAACUGCCGAUGGCUGAGCCCAGGUUGGUGACUGCACCCGUGUUUCGACUUCCGCCAAUGCAAGAUGAUCGACGUUUUGGUUCCUCAUCGAACGUGAGUCGUUUCAUGGGUAAAAGAUCGAAAAUCAAAAAAGAAAACUCUGUGUUUUCAAGAAAGAUCUUUGGAACGAAAAAUCAAUAGUUUCACACCUAGGGUAAAAGAUAACCAAAAAAGAAGGCUAUAAUUCUUCGUUAUUUGGUAAAAAUUGCGAAAAUCACGGAUAUCGGCUAUAAUGUUCUCAUGUGGAGAUCUUUAACAAAUAGUUCGUAGAAUUGAUUUCUAUGAAAAGAACUCCUGCGAUAAAGAUGAACCUCUUGAAUUCAAAAAAAGAAAUAACGGAGUUCAGUUUUUUUUCUCAAAGAUAGAUAACGAUAAAGUAUAAGUAGUGAACGCGGUUCUUAUAGCAGUAUUCAGGCUCAACAGCAAACGGCUGCGGCCGAACCCGAGUCGCCAAUUUUUCGGCUGCCGCCGCCGUUGCAAGACCUUCGACCUCGCGGAUUCAUAUCCGAAGUGAGUCUUCUGAUGUAAAAGGCCGAAAAUCAGGAAAAAAGUUCUGAGUUUUUGAAGAAGAUUGUUGGAACGAAAAAUCAGUAGCUUAACAUCUAGGAUAAAGAAUAACCAUAAAAGUAAGCUAUCGUUAGUCAAAAGUUCGCAAACAUCACGGAUUUCGGCUGUAAUGAUCUCAUGAGGAGAUCUUCAACGAAUAGUUCGAAGACAAGAUUUUGAUGAUAAUAACUCCAUCUGCGAUAAAAAUGAACCUCUUGAAUUCGAAAAAAUGAAUAACAAACUGCAGUUCUUAUUCUCAAAGAUAGAUAAAGAUAAAGUAUAAAUAGUGAACGCGGCUCUCAUGGCAGUAUUCAGGCUUCACUUCAACUGCCGACGGCUGAACCCGGGUUGGUGGCUGCACCCGUGUUUCGGCUCCCGCCAAUGCAAGAUGAUCGACCUCGCGGAUACAUAUCCGAAGUGAGUUGUUUGGUGCGUAAAGGUCGAAAAUCAGGAAAGAAAGUUUUGUGUUUUCGAAGGAGAUCGUUGGAACGGAAAUCAAUAGUUUCACACCUGCGACAGAAGAUAACAAAAAUAUUUGUUCAGGCUUCACUUCAACUGCCGACGGCCGACCCCGAACUGAUGGCUGCACCCGUGUUUCGGCUCCCGCCAAUGCAAGAGGAUCGACGUGGCGGUGCCUCAUUUACCGUGAGUCGUUUGAUGGGAAACAGGUUGAAAAUCAGGAGAGAAAAACCUGUGUUUUCAAGAAAGAUCGUUGUAACGAAAAAUCAAUAGUUUCACACCUGGGACAAAGGAUAAAAACCGAAAAAUGGACUAUCAUUCGUAGAGAAGUAUUCUAUGGGAAUAACUGCGAUCCAGAUGAACCUCUUGAAUUCAAAAAAAUAAAUAAAAAAGUGCAGUUUUUAACUCUCAAAGAUAGAUAACGAUAAAGUAUACACAGUGAGCGCGGUUCUCAUGGCAGUAUUCAGGCUUCACAAGUGAGGCCGAUGGCCGCACCCGAACUGGUGGCACCAACUAUUUUUCGCCUUCCGCCAAUGCAGGAUCUUCGACCCCGCGGAUACCUAUCUGAGGUGAGUCGUUUGGUGUGAAAAAGGUCGAAAAUCAGGAUAAAAAUAUAAAAACAUUUAGACUUCGACUCCUACCCGAAUGAUGGCACUUGAAUCGGUCGCUCCGUCUCCUACUCCCACAGAUGAUCUGCUACCGUGGCAAAGAGGCCCCUUUGACGGCCCGGGAACUACAGUGAGUCGUUCAAUCAAACAAAAAGGCCAAAAAUUGGCGAAAAAUGAAUGUUGGAACAAAAAAGAAAAAGUUUCACACCUGGGACGAACAUUAAUCAAAACAUGAGCUAUUAUGUUUCAUCAGAUUAGAAAAAUUGCAGAAACCACAAUAACAAAGUAAAAGAAUGAUUUUUACGUCAUCAAAGUUUCCCCUCGAAUACAAAGAAAAUAUGCAUUCUUUUUGAAAAUGUCAGGCUCAACUUUUUGAAAAAAGAUAAACAUAUACGAAUCAAGAAAGAACCCGUAGUUUCCUGAUAUGAAACAGAAGCUUUUUUAAUUACAUGUUUAUAGCUAUGAUACGGAGUAUACACAAUAUAUGCGAGCCUCAUGAAAACAUUUAGACUUCGACUCCUACCCGAAUGAUGGCGCUUCAGCCGGUCGCUCCGUCUCCUACUCCCACAGAUGAGCUUUUACCGUGGCAAAGAGGCCCCUUUGACGGCCUGGGAACUACAGUGAGUCGUUCAAUCAAACAAAAAGCCCAAAAAUCCGCGAAAAAUGGAUGUUGGAACGAAAAAAAAAGUCUCACAAUUAGGAGAAUGGAUAACCAAAAAAAAGGAGAGGGUAUUUCUCAUUAUUUUGAAAAAAAUGUGUAAGUCACGGAUAUCGACCGAUAUUUUUCAUAAGGAAAUCUUCAACAAGUAGUUCUUAGAAAAUAUUUCUAUGAAAAGAACUCCAUCUGCGAUAAAGAUGAACCUCUUGAAUUCGAAAAAGAAAUAACGAAGUUCAAUUUUUAUUCUCGCAGUUAGAGAACGAUAAAAUGUACAUAUUGAACGCGGUUCUCAUGGCAGUAUUCAGGCUUCACAAGUAAGGCCGAUGGCCGCGCCCGAACUGGUGGCUGCACCCGUGUUUCGGCUCCCGCCAAUGCAAGAUUUUCGACCUCGCGGAUACAUAUCCGAAGUGAGUUGUUGUGUGCGGGAAGAUCGAAAAUCAGGAAAGAAAGUUUUGUGUUUUCGAAAAAAGAUCGUUGGAACGAAAAAUCAAUAGUUUCACACCUGAGACAAAGGAUAAAACAAAAAUAUUUGCUCUAACUCUGACCUGGAGCGCCUGAGGCACGCCCCAAUGUUUCUCUGCCGCAUGGUAUUUCGUCGUUUUCUCGCAGUCGGAGAGUGAAGUAAUAGCAUGCGGCGGAGUAAAACUCGGGCGUGCCUUUAGUCGCUUCAGCUCAGAGAAUGCUUCGCUGGUUGGAAGAAAAAUCUUAAAAGUCAUAAAAAUAGAGCAGCAGAACAGUUAACAUGUCAUAACAGAUUCAUCUCAAAUACAAGAUUUUUCAGGCUGAAAGGGAAAUGGCGAUUUUUUCGGACGAGUCCGAGCAGGUGGAUUCCCCCAUUUCCUGGUUUCCAUCUUCCCAAGAUGAUACCUUCAGAAGCACCUCAUUUGAUGUGAGUCGUUUGACGGGGAAAGAGGCCGAAAAUAAAGAAAGAAAUUCUAUGUUUUUGAUGAAAGAUCGUUGGAACGAAAAAUCAAUAGUUUCACACCUGUGACGAAAAUAAACCAAAAAAUGAGCUAUUAUGUUUUAUCAGAUUAGAAAAAUUGCAGAAACCACAUAAACAAAGCAAAAGAAUGAUUUUUAUGUCAUAAAAGAUUUAUCUCAAAUCGAAGAUUUUUCAGUCAGAACGGGAAAUGUCGACUUCUACGGACGACUCCGAGCAGGUGGAAUCACCCGUUUUUCGCAUCUCAUACUCCCAAGAUGAUACCUUGAGGAUCACCUCAUCUGGAGUGAGUCGUUUGACGGGGAAAGAGGCCGAAAAUAAAGAAAGAAAUUAUAUGUUUUUGAUGAAAGAUCGUUGGAACGAAAAAUCAAUAGUUUCACACCUGUGACGAAAAUAAACCAAAAAAUGAGCUAUUAUGUUUUAUCAGAUUAGAAAAAUUGCAGAAACCACAUAAACAAUGCAAAAGAAUGAUUUUUUUAUGUCAUAAAAAGAUUUUUUUGAAAAAUGUCAGGCUCAACUUUUUGAAAUUAGAUAAACACUAAACAAAUCAAGAAAAGACCCGUAGUUUCCUGAUAUGAAAAAAUCUGUCUAGAUUACAUGUUUAUAGCUAUGAGACGGAGUAUACACAAUAUAUGCGAGCCUCAUAAAAACAUUUAGACUUCGACUCCUACCCGAAUGAUGGCGCUUCAGCCGGUCGCUCCGUCUCCUACUCCCAUGGAUGAUCUGCUACCAUGGCAAAGAGGCCCCUUUGACGGCCCGGAAAGAACAGUGAGUCGUUCAAUCGGAAAAAAGCCCAAAAUCCACAAAAAAAGAUUGCUGUAGCAAAAAAAAAGUCUCACAAUAAGGAGAAUGGAUCACCAUAAAUAUCAGAUAUAAUUUGGCAUUAUGUUGAAAAAAACUGCGAAGAUCACAGAGAUCGGCUAUAAUGUUCUCAUAAGAACAAUUGAUUUGGAGAAAAAAUUUUCAUGAUAAUAACUCCAUCGCGAUAGAGAUGACCCUCUUGAAAUAAAAAAAUGAAUAACAAAGUGCAUUUUAUAUUUUCAUGAAUAGAAAACGUUGUACACUUUGAACGCGAUUCUCAGGGCUAUAUUCAGGCACCGCCAAACACACCGACCUUCGAACCUGAGAUGGCAGCGUCGCCACUCAUCCAUGUGUUUUGCCAAAUGAUAAUCUAUGAUUAUUAUCUGGAGCUCGUCUCUGCCCUCUUUGUACCACCGUCUCGAAUUUACGAUCCUGACGGCAUUUGGUUUAUAGUGAGUCGUUGAAUCGGAAAAAAAAGCCAAAAAUCGGCGAAGAAAGAUUUUUGUAGCAAAAAAAAAGUCUCACACCUGGGAAAACGGUGAACAAAAAAAAAAGAAGAAAUUAUAUUUUUCGUUAGUUGGAAAAAAAAUGCGUGAAUCACGGAUAUCGGCUAUAAUGUUCUCAUAAGAAAAUCUUCAACAAUUGAUUCGGAGGAAAGAUUUUCAUGAUAAUAACUCCAUCGCGAUAGAGAUGACCCUCUUGAAAUAAAAAAAAAUAAAUAACAAAGUGCAUUUUCUAUUUUCAUGAAUAGAAAACGUUGAAGUGUACACAUUGAACGCGAUUCUCAGGGCUAUAUUCAGGUACCGCCGAACUUCGCACCUGAGAUCGUACUGUCGCCAGUCAUCGAUAUAUUUUGUAUGUUAAUGUUCCAUGAUUACAAUCUACAGCUCGUCUACGCUCUCUUUUUUCCACCGUCCGGAAAUAACGAUUCUAACGGCACCUCGUUAACAGUGAGUCGUUCAAUCGAAAAAAAAAGCCGAAAAUCCGCGAAGGAAGAUAGUUGUAGCAAAAAAAAAAAUUUCUCACCUGGAAAACGGUGAACAAAAAAAAAAUUCGUUAGUUGGAAAAAAAAUGCGUAAGUCACGGAUAUCGGCUAUAAUUUUUUUAAAAGGAAGUCUUCAAAAAAAUAGUUCGUAGAAAAUAUUGCAUUGAAAAUGACUCCGUCUGCGGUGAAGAUGAUGAUCUUGAAACCAAAAAAAUAGAUGAAUAACAAAAAAAAUUUCAUAUUUUCAUGAAUAGAAAACGUUAAAGUGUACACAUUGAACGCAAUUCUCAGGGCUAUAUUCAGGCACCGCCAAGCACACACACCGUUGCACCUGAGAUAAUGAAGUCGCGAUACGUCCCUAUUCUAUUGCAAUUAUUGAUUCACUUCUACUACUUGGAACGCUUUGCCGCCCUUUCUCCUCCACUGCCACCAGAUCACCCAUUUGCCCGCUCUCCGUUUACGGUUAGUCGUUUUAUAGGAAAAACGCUCGAAAAAUGAGGAAGUUUAUUUCAAAGUAAAACUGUUGAAAUGAGGUAGCAACAGUCCUCGACCAAGAAAAAUGCAAGAAGAAGAAGUUCACCAAGAGAGAAUGGCUAUUUCGUUUUCAUAGCAUGAUUUUCCCGAAUAGCUUGUAGUGAAGUCAGAAAGUUGAAAAAGGUGCCAAAAAUGUUUUCUUUAUUGUUAUAAAAAAAUUUUAUUAUAUAAAAAAGAGAAACCAAACAUGAAAAAUAUUCAGAGAGCAGCGGAACUUAUGUAGAAAAAAAAGUCUCACACCUGGGAAAAUGGAUAACAACAAAUAGUUGGUAGAAAAUAUUGCUAUGAAAAUGACUCCAUCUGCGAUAAAGAUGAUCAUCUUGAAACCAAAAAAUGAAUUAAUAACAAAGUUCAGUUUAUAUUUUCAUGAAUAGACAACGUUAAAGUGUACACAUUGAACGCGAUUCUCAGGGCUUUAUUCAGGUACCGCCGAACCCAUACAUUUUCGCACCUGCGCCGGUAGUGUCACCAUUCGUCCGCAUUCUCUUACACUUGAUCAUAUUCGUCUUCAAUAGGGAACGCCUCUCCGCCCCCUCUCCUCCAGAGUCACACCUAUAUGACUACACUCCGUUUAUGGUGAGUCGUUUGAUAGGAAAAAUGAUGAAGUUUAUUUCGAAGUAAAACUGUUGAAAUAAGGUAGAAACAGUCCUCGACCAAGAGAAAUGCAAGAUGAAGAAGUUCACCAAAAGAGAAUGGCUAUUGCGUUUUCAUAGCAUGAUUUUCCCGAAUAGCUUGUAGUGAAGUCAGAAAGUUGAAAAAGGUUCCAAAAACGUUUUCAUCAUUGUUAUAACAGUUUUAUUAUAUAAACAAGAGAAACCAAACAUAAAAAAACUGUUCACAUAAAAAAAUAUUCAGAGCUCAGCGGAAACUACAAUGGAAUCGCCCGAGACUACAAUGGAAUCGCCCGAGGAAAGAACCUCCAGGUCGUUUUCUUUUGCAAUUCUUUAGUCUAAGCCGUAUGAAAUGAAGCAAAGUACUUAAUAAUCGUUGGAACCAGCCAUCAUGGACCAAGAAAAACUGAAACUCGCAAUUCCUUUCCAAAAGACUUUUAAUAUUAUCAACGAAAAAGUUUAGCAAACGCAGUUAUUCAUGAGAUAAAAAUUGUUUUUUGGUAGAUUGGUUCAGGCCGAAAAAUUGUCUGAGACUUCAACAAGAUUGAACUUCACGAAUGACGAUCGGGAAACAAUUGGAAAAACAUUGAUAUUUGUCUCUUGAAAAUUAUCGCAUUAGUAUCGCAUGCUAUUAAUAUUUAGAAAAGCUGUGCUUAGAGGCUUAAAAAUUUGGUCAAGUGAAAUUUUUUUCCAGAAAUGAUAACAGAUUAGAAACUUCUUCCAACUCAAAUCAAUAAAAAUUUCGACCUGAAUCUAACAAAAAAAUUCAAACACGGUAAAAAAAUUCGAGUGAAAAAAAUUUAUUUUUUUCAAGACAAAAAAACUAUAAAGGUUUUGUCAACCUAUCAUCGUAUGAAUUCUUUUGAUAUUUUUCGAGAAUUGUUUGAAGUUCAAAUGUUGAAGAUCGAAGCAAAUGUGUAACUUCUUUUUAUUCACUUCUCACGAGUUUUCAAAAAAAUGUAUUCUCGAGUGAAGACGGUAAAUUUAAAAGAAAGCUUUUUUUCUGACUUUCUAGUGCUAAAAUGAAAUCGAAAGUUUACAAUUUCGUAUUUUACAGUUUGACGACGAAUGAACAGUAUCCCGCGAUCCCCAUGGACUUCGAUAGCGAUAGCGAGUCGACAAUUGAAUUGUACCGAUGA